GAAGAAGUGACCGGCAAGGAAGUCCAAACGUGGAUUUUACAUCGUAACAAGACGUCUCAAGUGGCUGGAGAGAAGAUAUGGCGGCCAUUCGCAAGAAGGUGGUGAUUGUCGGCGAUGGAGCUUGCGGUAAAACAUGUCUCUACAUGGUUUUCAUCAAAGACCAGUUUCCGGAAGUCUAUGUGCCUACCGUGUUUGAGAGCUACGUAGCUGAUAUCAAAGUUGACGGAAAACCGGUGGAGUUGGCAUUGUGGGAUACUGCAGGCCAAGGGGACUACGACAGGUUGAGACCUUUGGCCUACCCGGACACUCACGUCAUCUUAAUGUCCUUUUCCAUUGAUAGCCCAGACAGUUUAGAAAACAUAUCAGAGAAGUGGAUGCCUGAGGUGAAGCACUUCUGUCCCGACGUUCCCAUCAUCCUGGUGGGGAACAAGAAAGACCUGAGGCACGACUAUCACACGCGGAGAGAGCUGGCCAAGAUGAAGCAGGAGCCGGUGAAGAGGAGAGAAGGCCAAGAAAUGGCCACCAGGAUCAACGCCUUCGGCUACCUGGAGUGCUCGGCCAAGACCAAAGAUGGCGUGCAGGAGGUGUUCGAGAUGGCCACCAGGGCGGCGCUGCAGGUCCACAAGCGCAAGAAGAGAAGCGCCCGCGAGCUGUUAGCAAAUCUGUUUUGGUUCUCACCCCUGCCUGCCUUGCUUAGCUUGGUACACGCCCAGCUGCAAAGACUCACCGGAUAAAGGCAGGGUGGACCCAAGGAUCGGCGCGGGAACUUAGUUUUCUCAUGGUGUACCAAUUCCCUCCGUCGCCUUGGAAGUGAGCUGUGCGCCUCACUUCUCUGGACCCCUCUGGAUUCUGACUGCAUCCCUUGGUCCUCGACCCCCCACUUUGGACUCGGACUUCUUGACGACCCUCUCAGCCCCACGGACCCCCGCUUGUAUCCCGGAUCACCUGUCUGCCCCCUGGACUUCCUCGUAUCUCGUUCAACACUUGGUAACACACAUUCCAGUUAAAUACUACACAUAGUCUUACGCCAUACACACUCUUGUAUUCUAGUUCACACUCCAUUU